AUGGCGCGCCCCCAACAGCCCCAAUUUCAAAAUUCCCACCAGGAGCUCUCCCUUUACUCUCACAUCACUUCAUCACGACAGCCUCAGAUUCUCCGCAUUAUCUCUGGCAUCACUGGCAUGCUUCCCGACACUUCACUGCACCACACUCUCGUCUUCAAGCCCAAACGGCCCAAACAACUUGGUCCCGGUGGUGGUACAGAGCUAUACUACGUGCACCUUGUUUCCAGGAUCGACGAGACACAGGAGGCAGAGGGGAAGAGCUAUGAUGUGCGGAAACAGAAGUGGACGAUGACGCUGGAGGAUAUACCGGAGCCGACACGGAAGCCGGUGACCAGUAGGAGUGUGUUGAGCUCAGACAUCAGUGAGGGCGAUGCUGUCGCUUUUAUGGAGAGUUUGGGAUAUAUAUUCCAGGCAGCGUAUUUCACGAAGUCAGAGCGGCUGGUACACAAUAACGUCAUUAUUAAGUUGACACAGAUAUUAAUUCCGCCAAACCCUCCGGCCCCAGACAAUACAGUCACGCCGUCGGCAGAUGAGAUGCUAGGAAACCCAUUCCCGGUGUCAUCUCUGACACCGCUCGACCCGGCUAAAUCAUGGAUUUUGAAGGCGAGUGUACGAGUUCAGAGUAACCAAGACGUAGAGAAUCUCAAUGUUGGAGCGAAUGAGCUGAAGGGAUUCAAAGAACUUAUGAAGGGGAUGUGUGAUUUGGAGGUUGCAGAGAGGUUGGCUUUGGAUACCAGGGUGAGGUAA